UCGCUCGCAGAUAUGCUUGCCACAGAGCACAAACGUAGCUCCAGCAGUGCGCAAUAGGUGUCGGCUUGCUAUCCUAAUUGGGGUUCACUUCGAGAUUCACCUACUUAUCUUGACGACGUAGAACUCACUCGCACGGCCGCCAAAAUGUCAACUCCCGUUGGUCCGGAGCCCUGCAACGUGGUCUGUCCCAGUUGCCGCCAACAGGUCACUACCCACAUAGAGCCGAAGGCCACCACCAAGACGCACAUCAUAGCUCUGAUUAUGUGCCUCACCUGCUGCUGGCCCUGUGCUCUCUGCCUCUACUGCACCAAGUGCGCCCGCAACUCUGACCACCACUGUCCCUCCUGUAACGCCUUCAUCGGCACCUACGAGCGUUAAGGAUUCUCCGGCGGAAGUUGCUUUUCCCUGGCCUGCCGCCAGCAGCCGUGAAGAAAUGCAAUCCAAGCCAUCUGUUUUUACUCCAUUUUACCUCUCUCACAUUUCUUAAUACGCAAUCUUUUGUCAGCACGCAAAACAUUGUAGUACCAACUUUCUUGUUUUUCUUGUAAAUUUGAUCUUGAAAGGUUUAAUUGACAUUAUUGUGCAAUGUCAAUUUACGUUAAAGCUGAUACUAUUGGAAUUUC